GCUCUAGGUUUCGGUUUUCAAAUUUUGUAAUGCACUAUGAGUGAUCAGGCGGCUGCCCGGAUAUUGUCUUUCAAGAAUGCAGGGAAAAGUGCUGAUGUAAGUAAGUUCAGUUUGCUUCUAACUGCCUGUAACAGGAAAUGCGACGUCGCCGCCAAGAAGGUCAAGUGGAGCUGCGUAAGACCAAACGUGAAGAAACUCUACAGCGGAAAAGGAACUUCCCAGCAGCUGGUGACCCUGUGGAUACAGAGGUUGAAGCAACAGGAAAGUCAGCUCUGUUAAACUUGGAAGCUAUUGUUGCAAAUGCUUCGAGUGAGGACCCUGCUGUCAGGCUUCUUGUUGUACAAUCUGCCCGCAAGCUACUUUCAAGUGAUCGGAAUCCACCCAUUGAUGAGCUGAUCAGUGCCGGCAUGCUCCCUAAAUUGGUGUCAUGUCUAACAAGUGAUGAUCCCAAUCUUCAAUUCGAGGCUGCUUGGGCGUUAACAAAUAUUGCAUCUGGUACAUCUUCACAGACCCUGGCUGUGGUUCACGCGGGAGCUGUUCCACUCUUCCUCAAGUUGCUGUCUUCUUCACAUCCUAAUGUGUGUGAACAAGCUGUUUGGGCACUGGGAAACAUUAUUGGGGACGGUCCUGUUUUACGCGACUACGUGAUUCAACUGGAUGUCAUAAAGCCACUGCUGAAGCUGUUAACACCAAACAUACCACUUAACUUCUUGCGCAAUGUCACUUGGGUCAUGGUUAACUUGUGUCGUAACAAAGAUCCGCCUCCACCAGCUUCAGCUAUCAGAGAACUUCUCCCGGCCCUUUUAUAUUUGAUUAAGCAUACUGAUGACAGUAUCCUUGUGGAUACUGUGUGGGCUAUAUCCUAUUUAACUGAUGGAGGGAACGAUCAGAUAGAAAUGGUAAUUAAUGCGGAGAUCGUGCCUCAUUUGGUUCCGUUGUUGUCACACUCGAGUUUCAAGGUGCAAACCGCUGCACUGCGUGCUGUUGGCAACAUUGUUACGGGUUCGGACCAGCAAACACAAGUUGUUCUGGAUUGUGGAGCUCUGAGUCAUUUUCCUGCUUUGUUAACCCAUCCAAGAGAUAAGAUAAACAAGGAGGCUGUGUGGUUUCUGUCCAACAUAACUGCAGGAAACCAAAGUCAAGUACAAGCUGUAAUUGAUCACGGUCUAGUUCCACUCAUUAUUCAUCAUCUGUCCGAGAGUGAAUUCCUAACACAGAAGGAAGCUGCAUGGGCCAUUUCUAAUUUGACGAUCAAUGGAAAUGCAGAACAGGUCAGAUACGUCAUCGAUCAACGGGUUAUCCCUCCACUUUGUAAAAUGUUAAGUACAAGGGAUGUACAAGUUGUUCAGGUUGUCUUAGAUGGGAUUUCUAACAUAUUGGCAGCAGCUGGUGACAAUUUGGAUCAAGUUACAACUGCGAUUGAAGAGUGUGGUGGAUUAGAUCUUAUUGAAUCUCUUCAAGAGCAUCAAAAUAUGGACAUUUACCGCUUGGCAUACGAUAUAAUUGAACGCUAUUUUAACGAAGGGAUGAUUGAUGACUCCAAUACAGCAUCUGGAGUUGCAGAAGGUGAACAUUUGGGAAAUUUCAUCUCACAAGUUCCAACCACUUUCCAAUUUGAUGCCGAUCAAUGCAACACUGAUACUACCGGAGGAUUUGACUUUUAGCUACUAAUAUUGAUCAUUUUGCGUCAUGAAUAGUAGAACCCGUGGAUGACCAAAAACUUAGGUUAUUUCCUUCGUAAUAUAUAAUCACAAUAUUUUGACUUAUCAUCUGUAGUUUACAUUAUACUCUGCAUUAUAUAUGGCUCAAAUUACUAUUUUGAUAUGCUCCGUCCUUCAACAGAAUUCCGCUUGUUUUAUUACCCUUAACGUCGCUUUUUUGUCAACUUCAUGGCAAUUUUAUUUUCCUUAACAGGUAUACAAUGUUCAUAUUUUCAUACAUUAUUAUCUGGUAGUCUCUCAGCUAGCCCUAGUUGAAUGAUUAAUACUGAUCGGACAACCGCCCCAUUCUAUUCUGCAUUUAUUAUUAACCGUCCGUGCGGUUGUGGCCCUAAUUAUUUCAUUCCUUCGAGUUAUCUCACUAACUGAGACUUUUCGCUCUACUGGGUAACUCAGUUUUGUAUCUCGAAUUUUGCCCCAAGGUCGCUCCCCACUUAUUACGUUGUUUGUUCCCCAGAAUUUUUCUUGAAUUCAUUUUUUGUAUGUCUGUAUAAAGCUUUAUGAUUGCCUUGGCUGUUUGCCUAUUCCUAUUUGUUUAUUCAUUCAUCAUUGCCCGAAUUUAUUUCGUCUAUUUUUGUUUACAGCAUUAGCAUGUCUUCCUAGUGUUUUCAUUUUCAGCUUGGUUUAAUAAUACUGGCUAUUUGAGUAGACCUUCCAGUCAGUCUAGGCCUUGCCUUCAGUUUUAUUUCCGACCAAUCAGAUUUUGAACUUUUCCUGGUGUGACUGCGUUACUUUAUGUUUUGCCUCUGUCUUUCGGUAUUGCAAUACCCAUUUGCCUUUUUCUGUAGACUCUUAUUCUUUAGGUCUUCCGCCUUGUUCAUUUUGAAACUUCUGUAUAUUUGUGGCAUGCCUGUGAUCUUAAAAGGUUAUGUUUGGUUUUAUUUUACCCUCUGUUUUAGUCAAUAAUCCUUAUUAUUUUUUAUUUGGUCUGUUUUGUGCUUUCGUCUUUAUAUUUUUUGUGUCAACGAAAUAAGAUUUGUUUUCCGGUUUUAACUGCUGUCUUCUGUAAAUAUCUUCUAUUUUGUUCCCAAGUUUUAUUUAUUUCUCGACUUUUACAAUUUAGUUUUUGGUUUUAGCCGGGCGGUUGUGUUGUAUCAUUGUAGCCAUUUGAUUUCUUUAUUUGCUUUGUAUUUCCUGUACGGUUCUUCUAAGAAGUGAUCACCUGUACCCUAAUUUUUAAUAACUAUAUCUAUCGAACCACAGAUAACUACAUCGGAACCUCCUAUGCACUUGGUUUUCUGUCUUAGUUCCUUAAUAAUGGCUUUAAUAUUCAAUGAGAUCACCAAAACUUCAUGUUUGCAUUCUCUUCCGUUGGACAGUUGAUUCAAAAAUACACGUGUGUAAUUGUGAAUCUUUCAUGUUUUGCUUGCUGAAUUUCCUAGCGUUGUGAUCUUCAUAUUUUCUGGAGUAAUUUGUUUCAGUGCAAUACGUGUCUAUGUAACUUUAAUAAAUCCUCCUUUAUCCACUUCCUCAGAAACUACUGUUAUGAUGGGGCCUUUCAGUGAAAAUUGCCUCUUCAAUAUUUGGUCCUCAUAUGCUCAUGCCAUCUUGCCGUGGUGCCUCCGUAUCAGAUUCUCGCUACUUCACUUAGAAAUGGUAAUUUUACCUUCAGCAAAGGGUUGUAACCUAAUCGUCUAUUAAAAAGUACCAAUAACUGCAUUUCUCGCAGCAUUUCAAGUAGUCCUAGACACCAGUAUCUGGGUGAGCGUCUUUUCACUUUUUGAGGAAAGAAACCUAUUUUCUUAUUAGUUCAUAAAAUACUUGUAUCAAACGAGGACAUUAUCAUGUGUAUGGACUCCCAGGGCUAAUAUUAAACGUCAUUGGGAAGCUUCCCAAAUUUAGGACGUGACCAACUAUGUAUUGAAUGGAACUACCUCAGGUUGUUUUAUGUCGGUAUGAUGUAAAUUUCCAAUAUAGAUGAUGUAUAAUUAGGAAGUCUUGUGAUCGGCUGUUAUGUUGCUGGUCUUCUUCACCUCGGUUUAAAUAUAACUCCAUACGUUGUGAAGAGAUUUACUGUAAAUAUGGAGCAACUGGACGCUGUCGUUAAUUAGGGAGCGACAGAAGUUUACUAGUGUUGGCAAGUGCGAUUGCGGGCAGUGUUGACAAAACAUACUGAAGUUUGUGCUUCUGAGAAGCUGGUUUGUCUACAGUGUUCAUUAGUGGUCGAUCCGAAUGCG